GGUUCUGCUCGACGUUCUGCGGUUCUCCCGGUGCCAUCCCGCUAGAUUUGCGGCAUGGAGCGCUGAUCGUUCGUUGCGUUCGAGAAAAUUAAUAGCACGUGAAACCUUAUCAUGACGACCAUCCGCCAAUUUACAUGCGACGACCUCUUCUUGUUCAACAACGUCAACUUGGAUCCUCUCACAGAAACCUAUGGACUGUCAUUCUACCUCCAGUACCUGGCACACUGGCCUGAAUACUUCCAGGUUGCCGAGUCUCCAAGCGGCGACAUCAUGGGCUACAUCAUGGGCAAAGCAGAGGGUGUCCAGGAGAACUGGCACGGCCACGUGACGGCUCUCACAGUUGCACCGGAGUACCGGAAGCUGGGAGUUGCAGCCAUGCUAAUGUCGGGCCUGGAGUACAUCUCCGAGAAGAAGCAAGCGUACUUUGUAGAUUUAUUUGUUCGAGUGUCCAACAAAGUUGCUGUCGACAUGUACAAGCGGCUGAGGUAUAGCGUCUACAGGAGAGUCCUAGAGUACUACUUUGGUGAUCCCGAUGAAGAUGCUUUUGACAUGCGCAAGGCACUCUCAAGGGACGUCCUCAAGAAGUCGGUGAUCCCCUUAGCACACCCUGUACGUCCAGAAGAUGUGGACUGAGUUAGUAUUUGCGAAAUAAAGUAACGCCGAUUGAUUGGUUGUUCAACGAAACCAGAAGCUGCAAAUACAGAGCCGUGAGGAAGGACGCGAGGGCUUCGAAUGCAUCGACCAAGUCGAGGCAGAACCAAAAGCAAGGAUUGUGAGAAGUCAACACAAUGCUGAAGUGAUUGUCAGAAGCUAAAAUUGUAUAUUAUUUGGGAGUCACCCUACUGCUUAGAACAUUCUUGUACAAGAGUACUUAAGAAAGCGCUAGCAGCUAAUGUGGUUAAAGGUCAACUGCAACGAAAUUUUGGGCCACAUAGAAAGGCCUAGUUUAAGACAGUAAGAGAUGCAAAGCAGCCUCCAUGCAAAGUUUUACGAUUUAAAUGCAAGUGAAUGCCUCCUGAAAAUCUUGCAAAAAUAGAAAUCUUUCGUACUGAAAGUCCAGAAAACGCCAUUAUUACUGCGCGCUGAAUAUGAUGCAGAACACAGUACGUUGAGCAUGACCUCCGUAAUUGGGUGGCGUUGGCAAAACUGAAAAUCUUGGAGGCGAGGUGCUGGGAUUCGUAACAUUUGCUAGCCACUAGCUGCCCGCAUGCAUCGUGCGCUAAUUAGAGGCUGCUGAUAAGAAAAUUCCACCAUUAUCAGCCCUGUAGCUUUGCCACAAUUGCUUUAGUUCCACGUACUACUCAAUUAUGACCAAUAUAGCCAAUGGAAAAUUUCAUUGCAGUUGACCCUUUAAGUGAAUAUCUCAAAAUACGUACAGAUCAUAUUCCUUUUUCCUUGUAUAGACACCCCUCUUCAUGAUGCCUAUGUCACACCGGUGCAAUAAGAUCCACGGUUUUCUAUUGUAUUAGGCAGCACUGUUUGGUACACAAUGUUCUUUCGAUUCCAGGUUCAGUUUCUAGUUUAAUGUGCAUGGAUUGCUUGCAUUUAAUAAAACCAGUUUGCUGAUAAUUCUGUUUCUACGUGUGUACUUUACAAAAUGAACUGUAACUAUCUCUGAUUACGCUUGUCCGAAGUGAAAGCACCGGUAUUAAUUUAUCUGUAUACUUAAAUCAAAUUUCGCUGCUUACAGGUAUCAAUGGUUUUCUUUUUUAUGUGGCAGAAGUUUUCAUGCUCUGAUUUUGGCUGAUGUAUUGAAAUCGAAUUUGUAAAAUAAAGUCGCAACAAGAGCUUCA